AUGGAGGAAAAUGAAGAGAUCGAAGAAAAUGAGGAGCCAACGAUUACAUGGCAAAAGCGCGCCAAAAUGGCCCUGCCACACGCGGGGCUAUAUCUGUCUCUUUUCGUCUACCUAAUGGUUGGUGCAGCUGUUUUCCAUUGGUUGGAGUAUGAAGCAGACGAGAAGAUACAGAAUGCGAAGCUAGAGCGCAUAAAGAAUGUACGUACUUCACCAGCAUUUUAA